AUGCCUUACAGUCCUGGUAACAGAACCACAUCCUCUUCUCAAGAGCAAUCUAAGCAAGAGGUUGGUACCUCCUCAUCAAAUGCCGCUGAGGACCAGACCCAAGUUCAAUCUCAAGAUCAUUCCAGGUCAAGUUCGGGAGGCACCACCGAUAGCGAUACUGCAUACUCGACGAAUGAGCAGAAUGGAUGGUCACAGGAAAUGUGGUAUGAUUUAUGCGGAUCUGACCCUGAUAUGAAUCCUGAUACACCGAUGGCAAGGUUCAUACAUCAUCAGCAAUAG